AUGGUGGGGACGGGGGCGUUGGGCUCCGUCAUCGUCAAGCUCGCCACCUUGCUCGGCGACGGGUACACGAUGCUCAAGAGCGUUCGCAAGGACGUCGCGUUCCUCGAGCGCGAGCUCCGCACGAUGCAGAUCCUGGUGAGCAUGCUGGCGGGCAUGGAGGGGCUCGACAAGCUGGCCAUGGGCUGCAUGGGUAGCAUGCGGGAUCUCGGCCACGACAUGGAGGAGUGCAUCGACCGCUUCAUUCUCCGCCUCGACGAAAAUGACAUGGAGAUGGAGGCGGCGCCCACGUUCCCGAGGAGCACCGCGCGCCGGCUCAAGACAAUGUUUGCCCGCCAUGGCGUCGGGGCCCAGAUCAAGAAGCUCAAGGCCCGCGUCGUUGAGGAAGGUGACCGGCGGCGUAGGCUGAAUCUGGACAACUAUGUCCAGAUGAUGAUAGAUCCUCGGCUGGCUGCGUUACACGGAGUGGCCAAGGACUUGGUGGCCAUUGACGGCCCCAGGAACGAGGUCAUCUCUUUGUUGACGGAGGAGAGCGUGGACCUGAAGGUGGUGGCCAUUGUUGGAGGUGCUGGGUUGGGAAAGACCACCCUUGCCAUGGAGGCCUAUCGCAAGAUUGGACGGCACUUCCAGUGCCGAGCUUCUGUGUCCGUGUCACGCACCCUUGACCGUGACAAGCUCUUGAAAGAACUCCUUUCUCAAAUCGACCAGGCUGCAUUUCAUGAUUGUCAGUCGGAGAGGUGGGAUAAAGAUCAACUAAUCCGUCAGAUCCGACACAUUUUGACAGGAAAGAGUAUAACACUGCACAGGUACUUCCUUGUGAUUGAUGAUGUAUGGAAAGAACAAGACUGGAAAUUUGUCAAAGGAGUUUUUCCUGACAGUCACAAUGGUAGCAGAAUAAUUGUUACUACUCGCAUAUCCAAUGUAGCGAAGUCAACUUGUUCUAACUCCGGCGGUCAGCUCUAUCAAAUGCUACCUCUGAACUACAUUGAUUCCCGAAGAUUGUUCUUUAGGAGAAUUUUCCACUCUGAUAACUCCUGCCCUCCUCAACUAGAGAAGAUUUCAGCUAGGAUCUUAAGGAAAUGUGGUGGUCUGCCAUUGGCUAUAAUUACCAUUGCCAAAUUGCUAUCCAAUAAACAUCAAACCCCAGAUGAAUGGGAGAGACUCCAAGGUUCCAUUGGUACUAGUCUUUCAUAUAAGAGUGAUAACCAUGGAAAUGGUAUGGGACAUAUAUCGUUACUUGGUUAUUGGGAUCUUCCGCACCACUUGAAGACCAGUUUGUUAUAUCUAUGUAUAUAUCCAGAGGGCGGAUAUAUCUCGUGUGAAGAAGUGAAAUGGAAAUGGAUACUUGAAGGAUUCAUUGCCAAAAAACAGGGAAAUUUGUAUCAAGAAGCAGAGAGUUAUUUCAAUGAACUUGUCAACAGAAGCAUGAUCCAGCUAGUCGAUGUUGACGAUGACAACUUUGAACGAUAUUGUCAGGUUCAUGAGAUGGUGCAUGACCUUCUGAUAUCCUUGUCAGAUUAG